UAAUGUUUUCUCCGCCAAAAGUACAUCCAUUUGAAGAAAAUUAUAUUUAGAAAGUGCUAAUGGAUAUUGAACGUAGCCCAUUAUUACAAUAUGAAACACCUUAGGAUCUUUAAUUAUUGUAUUUGAUUUUGACAUAUUAUUUAGUAAAUCUCAAAGUUUAUUAUGUGAUGAUGAUCAGUAAUCACCAUUUCAAGCAGCUCGAAAUCUACCACUUUAAAGAUUCAAUUCUGAAGUAUUCCAUGAUUUUUCUGGAUGUCAAUAAUAAAUAAUAGGAGAUAAUAAUAAAUUUUUGAAAUAAAGAAAAUUUAGAGCUGAUUUAUCUAAAUUCUCUGGAGAUUUUGAGGUUAUACAUUAGAUUGGAAGAGGUUCAAAAGGAGUAGUAUAUAAAGUAUUAUCAAAAGUUGAUGGGUUAUAUUAUGCAGCAAAGAAAGUGCCUUUGGAGGAUAAUAUUCAAACUUUGACAUUAGAUGGUCAAGUGUAAUUUAAUUGCUGUUAUCAACAUUAAGGAUUCUUAUACAUAAUAAUGGAGCAUUGUGAAUAUUCUUUAAAGUAAAGAUUAAUGCAAAGAGUUUAUGAAUCAGAAAUAAGAUAGAUUAUAGUUGAUGUAUGUGAAGCACUAUAAAAUUUCCCAUAACCUCAUUUACAUAUACAUGGUGGAAAUGUUUUAUUAAGCAAAUAAAUGAAAUAUAAGUUAAGUGAUUAUGGGUAUUCAAAUAAUACAAUUCAUUAAGCACCUGAGAAAAUAAAGAGCAAAUUGUCUGAUAUUUAUUAAUUAGGUAUUUUGAUGAUGGAAUUAAUGCUUGAAAAAGAGAUUAGUUAAAUAAGUUCUUUAAUAUUGUAAAAGUUCGAUAAUUUAUCAUAUUAUUCAGUAUCAUUGAAAUAAUAAAUUAAAAAAAUGGUAUCGGCAAUUCCUGAUCAUAGACCUGAUAUUUAAUAAUUAAUUAAUUUUGCAAAAGUGAAUUUGGAUUAAGAAUUGACUUUACUUCAAGAAUAAAAUGCAGAAUUGUAAAAAUAGAUUGAUGAGGUUAAACCUAGAAACAGGAGAAGAAUUUAGAGUGAAUGA